AGGUGAAGAUACACUGCUUUCUGUAUUGGAUGGUGGUUGUAAAAUGGGGAAGAAGAAAACUAUCACCACCACUGUUUGAGGUAUGACAGCAGUUAUCUGUACUUACCCUCUUGACAUGGUGAGAGUACGCCUAGCAUUCCAGGUGAAAGGGGAACACACUUAUACAGGAAUUAUUCAUGCAUUCAAAACAAUUUAUGCAAAGGAAGGUGGUUUCCUUGGAUUUUACAGAGGCCUGAUGCCCACUAUAUUAGGAAUGGCUCCAUAUGCAGGUGUUUCAUUUUUUACUUUUGGUACCUUAAAGAGUGUUGGGCUUUCCCAUGCUCCUACCCUUCUUGGCAGACCUUCAUCAGACAAUCCUAAUGUCUUAGUUCUGAAAACCCACAUAAACUUACUUUGUGGUGGUGUUGCUGGAGCAAUAGCGCAGACAAUAUCCUACCCAUUUGAUGUAACUCGUCGGCGAAUGCAAUUAGGAACUGUUCUCCCAGAAUAUGAAAAGUGCCUUACCAUGUGGGAGACUCUGAAGUAUGUCUAUGGACACCACGGAAUUCGAAGAGGAUUAUAUCGUGGUUUAUCUCUUAAUUACAUUCGCUGUGUUCCCUCUCAAGCAGUGGCUUUUACAACAUAUGAACUUAUGAAGCAGUUUUUGCACCUCAACUAAAGAAAAUCAUGAUUUCUUUUCCUUAAUAAUAUCUCAGAGGGAGAAAUAAAAUGUUACUUUAAUUUUGGGAGGAACAUUACUUGAAGGGGAUAUUUGCCUUGUCACAGGAACCACUGGUUUUUUAGUACUUGAUUUUUUUUUUUAUUCAUCACAAAUCAAAAGUGCUUACUGUGCUUUUUGAUGCCAAAAGUUAUACCUUAGAACAUUGAAAAAAAUUCCUAAGCUGAUGCUGGCUAAUCAGUUAGGUUAUUUGAAACUGUUUUAAAGUGUUAUUUGGAAGUAGAACUAACUUAAAAUGGGAUUCAGGAGGUUGCCAUUAGCUUUAUCAUGCUUUAAUUCCAAGCUUUAAUUAUAAUCAUGAUUUUCAAAGACUCUAACAUUGGUUAUAGGCUUGGUUAUAUUGCAGCAGAAUGAUGAAAACUGAAUUUUUAAGUUAUAUAAAACAUAGCUUGGGGGGGUGAACCUGGCUGACCCACCCAGAAGAGCAUGCUCUUAAUCUUGGGGUCAUAAGUUCAAGCCCCACUUUGGAUAUAGACAUUACUAAAAAUAAAAAAAUUUUUUUAAAAACUUAAAAACACGUAGCUUAGAUGCCAGCAUUGAAGAUUAUUCUUAUUAUCUCUCUUCUCAUAAUUCUGCUCCACUGCAUAAAAGGACUGACACUUUUUCUUUUUGUUUUUAAAUAAAAUAAAUGUUGUAUUUAAAAAUUAGCCUUGUAGAAACUCAACAAUAAAUGAAGAAUUUUCAGGUAUUGCUCAUAUGUUAUUACUAGGUACUAGGUACUAUGACUGACUAAAUUUGUUUUUAAAAGUCAGUGUAUUUCCCAAAGGCAGUAAUAAUAAAUACUGAAUAUCUUUGCUCUCAAAACAGUUAGCAUUAUAGAUUUGUUUUUGUUAGAUGAUUUGGUAUACACUAGAAAAUUUAUCUAAGUGGACUGUGAAAUAUCCAUUAAUAUAGAUGUGAAUGUCAAAGAAUGUUUUGAAGGUAUUUUGUCAUGAUACAUCAACUAGUUCUUCCAUGUAAAAUAAUUUUAGUGCAAUAUAACCUUAAGUAGAAAUGUAAGACACGAUUUGAUUGCUAUUCUUUAUAUUAAAAUGGUUUAAAAUAUAAGAAUUCCAUUUAUUGUAUUUAGAAUACUUUUUAUCUUUUAUUGUAAGCAUGACAGAAAUGGGAAGGGAACAAUUAUAGUUCUGUCCUCAGAAAUAGUGAUUUGUAGAAUUGAUGUGAUUCUUUUUGAUCAAUGCAAACUAUUUUAAUUGUUCUAACUUUAUAAUUUUUUUAUUGAGGUAAAAUUGACAUAUAACAAUAUAUUAGUUUCAGGUGCACAAUGUAAUGAUUCAAUAUUUGUAUUUACUGCAAAAUAAUCACCAUAAGUCUAGUUACCAUCUAAUUGAUGUAUUAGAAAACUAAGCUGAAGGUGUUAUUUCUGCUUCAAUUUUAAUUUUGUUUGCAUAAAAGAUUUUUUGUCAUACCUUGGUAAAAAUUAGAUGAACUGGUUUCAUUUACAAAGUCUUUAUUUUAAAAUAAAUAUGUAUCUUUGUAUGAUUUGUAAGUGUACCCACAGGUAGAAAUACAUGUGUUCUUAAAACUAUUUUGUAUAUUUUCAUUUCUGGGCUACAUUGUAGCUAAAUAUUGUUAUCAAAUCUCAAGAUAAUUUAAAUGUAUGAAAUAAGUGUCUCAGUUAUGUUAUCAAUAAAAGAGGACUGCGACUAUUUUUUUAAAUAAAAAUUUGCAUUCUAUGUGUUAUAGAAUAUGUAGGAUAUUAAAAAUAAAUUUUAUUCAUA